CUGCAACAUUCGCCAUCGGAUUUAAAUAUUCGAGCAGCGGACAUGUGGAGUUUUGGAAUAUUGCUUUGGGAGCUGAACACACGAGAAGUACCAUUCUCAGAUCUUUCGCCUAUGGAAAUCGGAAUGAAGGUUGCUUUGGAAGGGCUGCGUGUACCAUUUCCGCCAGGUAUUUCACGGAAUAUGGGGCGUCUGAUGAAUAUCUGUUUAAAUGAAGAUCCUGGUCGACGGCCCAAUUUUGACCAAGUAAUACCGAUAUUGGAGAAGAUGGCUAGCUCCUGA